CUGAUCUGCAACAUCCUCGUCGGAACCAAGCAAAGUGCACCUUGUUAUCCUUCUUUUUUUUAUUUCACCGCGACUCCGCUGGAUUGAAACCCUAGCGAAACAAGGACGAAAAGGAGCUCCUUUUGUUUCCGCUUCGAUAAGAUGAUGGAAAAAAGCUAUACAUUGUCUAGGUACUGGCUUGAUGGAGGAUCCCUCACCCAAAUCAUUAUCUGAAAACUUAGAUGUGAAACCAUCUUUUAGAAAGCCCACAAAUGAUGCUACUGGUAGGAAGUAUCGCAGCCGCUUGCCUCUUGGUAGAUCAGAUUCAUCUUCAUCUGAUGGAAGUCCUACACAUGAGUGGAGCUGCAGUCCGCUACCUUCCAAGAAUGAUCCUGCACAGAUGUCUUCUGAUCAGCGGAGGAAUGAAGCUGGAAAAGAGUUAGAAAGGGAUUCCCAUUCUACUCGAAGCAGAUCUAGUAGAGGCCAUGAAUCUGAAAAGCACAAAGAGAAAUAUUCAUAUUCCAAUCCACAUGAAUACAAUAGGUCUGAUGCUUAUAGCAGGCAUGACAGGCAAACUGAUGAGAAUGAUAGGAAUUACCAACGGUCUUCCAGAUCCACAAGGAAUGAUAGAUUAUCUGGCAGACAUGCUGAGAUUUCAGAGCGCAGGAAUAAGGAGAACGGAAGAGAGUAUGAUAAAGGUUUUGAAAAAACCGAUUCUCGGAGAAAGUUAAGUCGACAAUAUGAUUCAGAGCAUGACCGUUAUAAGCAGAGAGAAUCACAUGAAUACAGAAAUACCAAUCACAGGAGCCCCCCUGUAUGUAAGAAUGAUACUUCAAGUAACAAGGGGCACCGUGCACCUGUGGACCAGAAGAGAAAAUAUCAUGAAAGGGAAGGUGAGAAACAUGAGAGAAAAACUAUGUUCAGUCAACAAGAAAAAAAUGUAGAUGAAGCCUCUGAAAGUGUAAACAAGAACAAUCAAAGCUCUUCAUCAAGGGAAAUCAAAGAUGUUCAGCAUGAUAAACUGUGGCUAUCUAGUUCCAGGCCUGCUGGUGAGACUGAUUCUACAAACAAGAAUGCUGAAGGUGCUAAUCUUGCUAGUUCCGCAAAAUUUGUUGCUAUGCAAGCUGCUGAAUUGGUGAACAAGAACCUUGUAGGUUUCGGAGGCGUUGGCUGCUUGUCCACUGACCAAAAGAAAAAGCUUCUUUGGGGUAACAAAAAGAACUCUUCUCAAGAGUCCUCCAGUAGCUGGGACCAUCUGUUUUCGGACCAGGAGCGACAGGAAAAGUUCAACAGACUCAUGAGUCUGAGGUUGCCUUUUUGGCUAUGGCCGAUUGUAGGGUGUGAAAGGCAAUGCAGCUCCAGACGGCAAAGUGGAAAACAACAGAAGCCUCCAAGCAAAGAAACACCAGGAGCUCGACACCGACUUGGAGAAGCAGUAUACAGCAGGCCUUCGUCGAAGAGAUGGUCGAACCGUUGGUCUUGGGUUGUAAUAAAAUUAGAGGACACAAACAUGUGUUUAAGAACUCGACUCGUGUGCUUCUUGUUUGUGAAAGAAGAGCCCUGUAUUGGCUUUCCAAAGAGAAACUACUAAUUAUGACCGAAUCUUUUCUAGCA